AUGGAUCAACCAUCAGGCUGGUCGGUCGCGCUGCCUCCCGCCCCCGACAAGUCGAGCGAGCUGUACAUCCACGACCACCCCUUUCGGUCCAUCGCCAUCGUGUCCUCGUCCCAUGCUCUGAUCCUUCGGUAUAGCACUGCGGCGAGCGAGAGCGGCCAAGAUGGCUCCCACGCUUCGCUGCACGCGGCGAAGCAUCGGUCUGGCGGCGACUCGGCGACUGCAAAGUGCAUGGUGGAGUUUUCACCGAUAACGAAUCAACUUUUGAAAAAUUACCGACCUCUGGCUUCUCGACCUGUCUACGGGACACUUGGAUUGAUCGCCGUCAACGGCGACGUUUUCCUCUCCAUCAUCACUCGUGCGGAAAGAACGGCAACGCUGCGGCCCGGUGAGACGGUAGAGCGCAUCCUGAGCGUGGCAUUCCACUGCCUGAGCAGCGCCGAGUACGACGAUGUCGUCCCCCUGGACGUGGCCGAGCCUGCCUUUCCGGACACCGCAAACUCCCCGUACGGCCAGGGCCUAGGCCGGAGAGAUGUGCUCAUAGAGCACCCAUGCCACGACCUCCAAAAACUUCUCAGCAAUGGAUCCUUCUACUACAGCACGGAUUUUGACGUAACAAACCGAUUACAGGACAGGCCGAUGAAUUCGAACUCGUUUGACAUAGACAACUUUGACGAUACAUACCUGUGGAACUCCUUUAUGAUCAGCCCGCUAGUUCAGUUUCGGUCGCGCCUCAUGGCCCAAGAGCGGGAGGCUUUGGACUCCUCCCGCAUCCUCACAUCGGCCAUACGAGGGUUCUGCAAGACCAUGACUCUGCCGCAGAGCGCAUCGCCCAUUAGGGAUUCCAAGAGCGGGAUGCCGUCGUUUCUCACCCUCAUAUCACGGCUUUCAUGUCGACGAGCGGGCACUCGAUUCAACUCGAGGGGCAUCGACGACGACGGGAAUGUCGCCAACUUUGUCGAAUCCGAAACAAUAUUCUGGAGCUCGACGGGCACAUUGUUCUCGUACGCUCAGGUUCGAGGCUCGGUUCCCGUGUUUUGGGAACAGGCUGCGGACCUGCUUCCCGGUCGACAGAAGAUCACGGUGACCCGAUCCCAAGAGGGCGCGCAGCCGGCGUUUGACAAACACUUUGAAGACCUGGAGCACAUAUACGGCGCAGUUCACAUCAUCAACCUUCUCAGCGCGACGAAGCCUGCCGAGGUGGAGCUCAGCACCAUGUACCGCAACGGCAUACGGGCAUCUCCGCUCAGCCGGCCGGGUGCCGACGGUUCCUCGGACCAUGCCCUCCUGCAAGAGACACACUACGACUUCCAUGCCGAGACCAAGGGCCCGGCAGGGUACGAAGCGGCCAAGGACAUCAGGCGGUAUAUUCACGGCUCGACAGAUGGCUUUGCCUACUUCUUGGCGGAAGAAACGAGCGACGGCACCGUUGCGGGAGGCGAGAAUUCCGGCGCCCGAGUGGUGGUUGUGCUGCAGCAAGAGGGCGUCUUCCGCACCAACUGCCUGGACUGUCUGGAUCGGACGAAUCUCAUCCAGACCAUCAUCUCGCAAAUGGCCGUCGACGAAUUCCUAGGACACCGAGGAGACUACGCGGCGUCCGAUUUCUGGAUGAGGCACUCUAGCCUCUGGGCCGACAACGGCGACUCGCUGUCGAAAAUUUACGCCGGGACCGGAGCGCUCAAGUCGUCGUUUACGAGGCAUGGGAAGAUGUCACUCUCGGGAGCGAUGGCGGACAUGCGCAAGUCAGUCCAGCGAAUAUAUCACAACAACUUUGUCGACCCCUCGAGGCAGAUGACUAUCGACAUGCUGCUGGGUCGGCUCAUCGGGCAGACGCCGGUCCACCUGUUCGACCCCAUCAGCGACUUUGUAUCGGUCGAGCUGGGGAAGAGGAGCGAUGAGUUCUCCUCGUUCGAGACGAUCAGCAUCUGGACGGGAACGUUCAACCUGAACGGGCGGGCCGACGGCAUCGACCACGACCUGUCGCCGUGGCUGUUCCCUCCCUCGGCGGGACCGGAGAAGGCCGACGUGUAUGUCGUUGCCUUUCAAGAGAUUGUCGAGCUCAGCCCGCAGCAAAUCAUGAACAGCGACCCUUCCAAGAAGUACCUUUGGGAGCAGGCGGUGCAGCAGACAUUGAAUGAGGGGCGGGAGGGCGUCGGGGGCGACCGAUACGUGCUCCUGCGCAGCGGUCAGCUCGUGGGCGCGGCGCUGUGCGUAUUCGUCAAGUCGUCGAUCCUGGCCAACAUUAAGAACGUGGAAGGGAGCGUCAAGAAGACGGGACUGUCCGGCAUGGCUGGCAACAAGGGUGCCGUGGCGAUUCGGUUCGACUACGCCAACACUCACAUCUGCUUCGUGACGGCCCACCUGGCGGCCGGCUUUGCCAACUACGACGAACGCAACCGAGAUUACGCCACGAUCCACCAGGGGCUGCGAUUUCAGCGGAACAGGGGGAUAGAGGACCACGAUGCGAUCGUCUGGCUCGGCGACUUCAACUACCGCAUCGGCCUGGGCCUCGAGAAGGCCAAGGGGCUGAUCAAGAAGCGAGACUUGGCUAGCCUGUACGAGAACGACCAGCUGAAUCUCCAGAUGGUGGCGGGGCUAGCCUUUCCGUUCUACUCGGAGGCGCACAUCGCCUUCAUGCCGACGUACAAGUUCGACAUCGGGACGGACAACUACGACAGCUCGGAGAAGGCGAGGAUCCCGGCCUGGACGGACCGGAUCCUGAGGAAAGGCGUCAACAUCCGGCAGCUCACGUACGAUUCGGCACCUCUGAGGUUUUCCGACCACCGGCCGGUGUACGCGACGUUCGAGUGCAGGGUCAGCAUCGUGAACGAGGCUCUGCGGGAGCGCAUCAGCCACGAGCUGUACGAGCGCCGCAAGGCCGAGGUCGGGGACGCGACGGCGCACGUCGGCGACGGCGAAGACACGGAGGAUGAAGACCUGAUCGGGUACGACGCCAUCGAACCGGGGCUCCCCCCGGCAAGCUCGGAUCGGCAGAAGUGGUGGCUCGACAACAAACAACCGGCUCGCGCGCAGGUGUCGAUUCCGAGCGGCGGCGACGGGCAGGCCGUGGUGCUCAACCCGCAACGGCCGUCGAACCCGUUCGGUCACGGAGACGAAGCGGACUGGAUCACGAUUCCGCGACCGGCGGCGGACGCCUCGCUCUCGAGCAUGUCGAGCUCGCCGUACGAGAAGGUGUCGCUUCCGCAGAGCACGGCGAAGGCGCAGGUCGCCUUGGGCGGAAUUUCGUCUCGCGCGUACGAGCAGAGGAGCCGGCCCGAGGCGAGAGCGAGAGCGGGGCCGCCAGCGCCGCCUCCACCACGCCGACAGGGUGCCCCGUCGCGGCCGGUCACGACGGGCGAUGGCGCAUGGGAGGCGGCGGACGAAGGCGAGCUCGGCGAAUCGGCGACUUCCUCGACACGGCACCUAUCACGGCGACCCGUGAGCGGCGGCGGCGGCGGCAAGCCAGCACCGCCGGUUGCCAGGAAGCCUGCUCAUCUAGCCACGAGCCCGCCUCCCGCACGGUGGGAAGCGGGCACGACGAGCGACAAGGCCCAGGGCGGUGACUUCCAUGCUCGUCUGCCGCAAAGGUCACCGACGACGACGACGACGAGCGGGCAGCCAACGACCGCAGCGUCGCUCUUGGAUGCUGCCCGAGGGCCGGCGGCGCUGCCCGAGCGGCGGAUGGGCACGGCGGCAUCAGUGGUCGUCGGCCAAGAGCGGCAGCUCGCACGCACGGGAACCGCGGCUGACGCGUCGGCAAGCUGGAACGGUUCGAGCACGGGUCGGCGCGGCGAGGGCAGCAGCCGUGGCGAUGGGCCGGUGGACCUUUUGGAUUUGGGCACCGACGGCGGUGAGGAGAUGUGCGGGUGGCAGUCGCUGCAGCCGAGCACCAAGUCGCCCUCACGAUAG